AUGAACAAGGAUAAUGAGAGUAACAUCAUUAACGUAGCAGAUGACCUGAAAUUUUGUCCUUUCUUUAUGGUCGCAAGCAUCUUCUUUGGUCCUUUGUCGGCAGCCCAGCGGCAUGAGAUCUACAUGAUUGGACCUCUGAGAGAAGCACUAUUUAGGGACGCAUUUAGCGGCGGUAUCAAUCGAUACGCCUUUGCUAAAUAUCUACCUGGUUCGGCACUGCCAAAACUUCGAGAGUUUCAGCGCCGUUGGGAAGACUUCGUCAAGAGGUCGCGCGACGAGGCUACCCUUGACAGUGGAGGCGCCAUUGUAUCCCUUUGGGAGGCGGUAGAGCGUAGAGAGAUAUCCAAAGAAGAGCUUCUUCAAACCUUGGAUGAGUCUUUAUUUGCUAAUCUAGAUGUCACUGCACACGCAUUAUCUUGGAACAUGCUCAGGAUUGCUCAUCAUACCAGUAUUCAAAAUGAUGUGCGACAAGAAAUCAGGACAAAUUCUCACUCAGAGGAAAAAUACGAGCAGUAUCUCCGCCAGGAUAACACUCUCUUGGCUGCUUGCAUCCUAGAAUCCUCCCGGCUGCACCCAAUUCUCCCGUUUUCGAACCCUGAGUCAGCGCUGACCGAUAAAACUGUCGGCGAUUUUAAGAUUUUACGCAAUACCGAUGUUAUAGUAGAUUCGUACGCUAUCAAUGUAGACAACGCCUACUGGGAGGACUCUACAGUGUUCAAACCUCGCAGGCACCUCGGCCAAAGAGAUCAAUCGCGGCGAUAUAACAUGUGGCGUUUCGGAUUUGGUCCUCGGCAGUGCCUGGGGAAGAAUGUGGCCGACAUUAUUCUCCGGACAAUUAUUGCGGAAAUGGUGCGUUGUUAUCAGCUUGAUAUUAUGGGUAAAGAUGGAAUUGAUGGCAUUGAACUGCAAGCCGACAGCUGGAUCGGCUUGCCUGAUGGCAUGGUAAAACUCACUCCGCACACAGAAUAG